CACACAACACAGCACAUAAGACACCAAAUGUCUGCUGCAUUAAGUCUGCGUCUGUUACACUGCUACUCGAAGCAAGGCACCUUUGGGCAUGGUUCUGGUGUUAUGCGCACACUUAGCGUUAGCGCACCGAGAGAAGGCUACAAGUAUGUAAAUGCCCAGGAGCAGCCAACUGACCUGAGGUCCAUCACUGACCGGGCUGCAACAACCCUCUUAUGGACUGAGCUUUUCAGAGGUUUGGCAAUGACCAUGAGCUACCUGUUCCGUGAGCCUGCCACCAUCAACUACCCGUUUGAGAAAGGUCCGCUGUCGCCACGGUUUCGAGGCGAGCACGCCCUCCGCCGGUACCCCAAUGGAGAGGAGCGCUGCAUUGCUUGUAAGCUGUGUGAAGCCAUCUGCCCUGCUCAGGCCAUUACUAUUGAAGCGGAGACUCGAGCUGAUGGUAGCAGGAGAACUACACGUUACGAUAUCGAUAUGACCAAGUGUAUCUACUGUGGUUUCUGUCAGGAAGCCUGUCCUGUUGACGCCAUUGUUGAGGGGCCAAACUUUGAAUAUGCUACAGAGACACAUGAGGAGCUGCUGUACAACAAAGAGAAGCUGCUCAACAACGGAGACCGUUGGGAGGCUGAGAUAGCAGCCAACAUACAGGCUGAUUAUCUUUACAGAUGAACUGCGUCAUCAGUAACAAACAUUUUAACAUAUAUGUGCAAUAAAAGAAAUAGCUACAUGUAGCCUUACUGAUGCAAAAGUGAAAUGGGGGUAAGCCAUGCUGCAGAUACGCACAAAUUAUACACUGCCUGGUGAAAAAUAUCAUGUUAUUUUGCUGACCCAGCUUUAGCUGUAACUAUAAUUUUAAUUUAUCAGUGAGCUUAUAACAAACUAUUCUCAAACAAAGUGGCAGUUUUAAGACGUUACAUUCGGUUGAACUGUGGGAUAAAGUCUUUUGGACAUUUCUUGCCAGAGCCACCCAUGUGUGGAAACAAUGAUUAAUUGUCUUAAAACUGUUACGUUAGAAUGUACCUGCCACCAGGAAGGAAAUAAUCCUUUUAUGGAAAAAAGGUCAGUUAACACAUUUGGGUUGUCAGCUUGCCUUUUAUAACUGAUUCACACUAUUUAUGAUGAAUUCAUCAACUUGUCCACUCCUCUUCUUAAUAUAAUGCUUUCAUCUCUCUGAAUCAGAGGACUCAUUUGACCAUGUGACUUUUUGCCAUUGUUUCAGAUUAUAAUCCUUCUCCUUUCUAUUAAGAUGAAGUAAGCUGUUUUCCACUGUUAACUUUAUUGAAUGUUUUUUUUUAUUUCUUGCGGCUGUUUGUACAGCUUUUUAGUCCAAUUGAUUGGAGCAGUAUCCACAUUGCAUUCUUUAUUUUUAACUUGACUGUGCAGUGAGUGUUUCCAAGUGUUAAUUAAUUGGUUUAUUGUAUUUAUUUAAAUAUUUAUUUAUGAAGCGUGUCACAGUUCAAAAGCAUUUUACCAGAUUUUUAUAAUGAAUUUGACAUUCCUUAUCCUAAGGGUUUAAGGCUGUUGAAAGUGCGAUGCUGAUUCCAUGGGCAACCUUUGAAAUAAUUUUGCGUGGCCCUCGAUCACAAUUCAAGAGUAGCAUCACUGGUACUAACACAAGCAAUUGAUGCAGACGGACACUUUCAAAACUUGUUUAUGGCGAGAUCUUCACUGACAAGUUAAAAUCUUUUUAAAAUGGAAAAGUUAAAUACAACAAACUCUAUAUUUGUCUUUUAUUAACACUGCCGCAUAAUGUACAGGACCACAAACAUCCAGCUUACUCAAAUCAGGUUGGGGGUCUGCUAUUCAUUAAAUCUGAUUAAGUCGAUAAAGCAUUUUUGAGGAAAAGAGUGAUCUUCAUACUACUUUUUUUCUAAGCGAAGAAAAUACAAAGUUAGGACAUCAGAUACCUUCCCAACAAGAAUCAGAUUAUUUUAUUUCAUUAACAUAUUGCAAUUAGUUUGCGAAAAAUAUAUGUUUCUGUUUUUACUUGUUAAAUGAUCACCGUUUCUUGUGUUUUUAAAGACAGGUUGACAAUAUUGGCCCAAGUGUCAAAUAAUUUGGAUACCUCUGGUUUAAGCAGCCCCCCUGUUUUAUUUAUUUGAUGCAAAACAGAAGUGUGACAUUUUUGUUGUUUGUUUUUUAGUGCAAAGUUCUUACUUUUACCCCAUUAAUAGAUUAUUUUUGGCCUAGCAGUGUUGUGUUUUUAAACUGUUUGAUGUCAAAUUUUGCAGUCUUUAUAGAGCAAUUACUGUGACACAGUGAUAUGUAUUUUUUGAUUGUAUAACUUAAACUUAUGUCAGUAAUUAUAAAGUAUUAAAGCUUUUUAGUCCACUGGAAUAAAGCAGUUCUUAAUCCA